UGUGGUUCCCAGGAAACUGAAUGACUCCACUGCUGUAACAAUGUCAAUGUCCAUGUCCAUGUCCAUGAUGGUAAAUGGGGAAGAGCAGGGGGGGUUCUCCUGAAGUCCACAAUUGUUGCAACAAACCGCCCGUCGCCCGCCUUCCCUCAUUAGAACCAGGUGAAACAAAUCCGCAAUCUGUUGCGUGCGCCUUGGCUGGAUAAGGAAGCGCGUUUUUUGUUUUUAUUGUUAUGCACUGGGAAUUGACGCCACAGCAAAGAGCAGCACUAACUUAACGAAAAAUGAGUAUUAGAGCUUGAUAUCAAACACUGUGCGGGAGCGGGUACUCGAAAAAGUGACAGCCGAGCUCAUUGAAGUGCUCUUUUGGAGGUUUGAUUCAACAUGAGCAGUUUGGCCAGUAUAGCACAGAUCCUAGCCACACUUCUCCUCCACAUUCCAUUUACAGAGGUCUCGGACACUCUAAUCAUGACCCAAUCCAAUGUGAUAUUGUUUCCUGAUGUGUGGCAUCGGAGUUUGUGUCGCCCGAUGGAAAGGCUGGUGGAGGUGGAGCAGGAGUAUCCAGGGGUCGUGGAGUACAUCUUUAAUCCUCGCUGUGUGCCUCUUCAUCGCUGUGCUGGCUGUUGUAAUGAUGAACAAUUACUGUGCUCCCCUACCCGCAGACACAAUGUCACAAUACAGCUGGUGAGAAUAAACCCAGUACAGAGGACAAAGCAGUAUGUAGAGCUUUCAUUUUCAGAGCAUUGCUCCUGUGAGUGCAGGCCCAAACAGAAUCACAUAAGAUAUCAGAGGCAGAGGUUAAGUAGGCCAUACAGAAGAAGAAAGGGGAAAAAAGACAAAAAGAGAACAGAAAACACUGCCAGGUGUCAUCAUUUUAGCUAAAUUCCAUUUCCUCUUGUUUUAUUCAUACAUAAGACAUGAACAGUACAUGCAUCUGGGGUCAAAGCCAGGAUGAGUUCUUCUCUCAGAGGAAGCUCUUACAGUCCACAGACAAUAAGAUAUACAUAGUUCUAUGGGAACCAUAGAAUAACAGAGUGGAGGCUCUGUAAUCCCCCUCUAUUGUGUAACUUGCUUAAACCCACUGCUAUGAUGAGUGUGGUAAUGGAAAUGACAAGGAGACGUGACUUUUUGACAAGAUUGAUGAACACAAAGGUGACUGCUACACAUAUCAUUGUUAAAAGAGAAAUGACGACUAAAGCCAGCUUUAUUCAAUGUAUGUAAUAAAUGUUAAAGAAAUCUAAAUUGUGUCUGAUUCUGGUGGCAUAUGUGUUUUUGUAAAAGAUGAAUAAUAUAAUGAAAUUAAUUUUUAACAUGUUCAGCCAAACCUUUGUCCACUUCUUUCCACCAAAGGUUAAAGUAAGAUCAUACUGCUAGGAAAUACAUUUAUGGCAUUUGGAAGACAUUCUUAUCCAGAGCAACUUACAAUUUUUAUACAACUGAGCUAUUAAGGGUUAAAGACCUUCCUCAGCAAUGAUCGCGUGAUGGACUUGUCGAACUCACAACCUUCCAAGCAGUAGUCCAACACCUUAACCACUAAGCUAUCACAUCCACAGCCAAAUGUUCUGUGCAAUUAACUUUAUUCUUUUAAACAAUAACCUGCACUGUUAACGUAGUUUCUAUAUGAAACACUUAGCUAGGCUUGGACCUGUUGAGCACAGAUAGAAAAAGUACAUGCUUUACUGAACUAAACAGGAGUUGACAGGAGUAGAGUUGACAACCCAUGUCCAAGUCCAUGGGGCCCCAUAUGUUUUGAAGUCACCGUGUUUGAGACAUGAACAACUGAUGGUGGUUCAAAUGAUGUUGGAAUGUUCGUUUUUUUUUUAAAUCCAUUCGUGUACUUGUUACUCCAUAUCAGUGCCUCUUAGAAUUUAUUCCAUGCAGGGGGACAUUAGCUUGAAAAAAAACCCCCAAUAAAUUAAAUGUAAACUGACUAAAGAAUAUACCAUUAUCCAGAACAUUUUAAAUGAAUAAAAAUAUAUUUAUGUAUCA